UCUCAGUGUUUACUAUAUAGGGGAUAUCUCCAUGUGAAUGUACAGUAUAUACACUACAGUACAAUACAGUAUAAUAAUAGAACUUUGUAGGUCAUUCCUUAGGAUUCUAUCGCUAUUUUAUGUGGACGAAUGUUUUUUAAUUGUAAUCUGUAGCAAGAUGAGUUAUUAAUGUCUUUAAUAUACUUGACAGAAAGACUCCAAAUACAGCUGCCAACAGUGCACAAAAUGAAAGCUGAGUUGUAAUCUGCUACUCUUGGGACAACAUCCAGGUGUAGAAUAAAGUGCAGCAUCAGGGAAAAUUGUGCCAUCUAAUGGUUAUUUAGUGCAUGCUAAUGGUAGAACUAAAAAACAAAAAACCCAAAAACUAGCCCACAAUUGCUUCCUAGGCAGUUCUGAAUUCUAGCCUAAAUGACAGACUUGUAUGUACAGCCACCAGCCUCUGAAGUUGUGUAGUUGGAUCAGUAGGCUCAUAUGUGCUUAUAAGCAAAGGCGGGCCCCCAAGAUCAAACACCCAACAUCCAUCGAGUUAUCUGGAUACUAACCCACUUCAUUGCCCUGUGGAGUUUCAGGAGUGUGCAGAAUCUACAUCAUGCUUUAUUUGUAAAAUAGUGACUAUCCUUAACUAGAGCACCAUGGAGUGACCUGUUAUUUCUGUCGUUGCUUGCAAAAAAAAAAAAAAAAAAGUGUGUGUGUGUGCUGUUAAUGUAAUUGGAUAACUAAAAGGUGUUAUGUUGUCUGGAGAGAGUGAGUCAGACUCGUUGGACUGCAUUUUGUUUCUGACUGCAUUUUGUUUCUGACUGCAUUUGAGCAGCAGGAGCUUUGCAGAAACAUGAAGGUGCCGAGCUGGUGCUGAGGUGCUUAUGUUUAAUCACUGGUCUUUGCAGGUGUGAAUGAAUAAGUGCGUAAGUGUUUUUGAAAAACUCUGUAAAAUUAUUGUAUUCUUUUUUUUUUCGGGUCUUCAAUUAUAUAGUUAUGUUUUUAGAAUUAAUAGUGUCAAAGCUGACCCCAUAGUGCUGUUGGACCAGUGGCCAGAUUUCAGUGUGCUACUCAUCAGAGCAAAAGGGUGGCAGAAACCAGACCUUUUUAAAGUCAUAAGCUUUUUUACCGAGGAUAAAACAACUCUCAGGAACAUACUGAUCGGGACAGACGUUCUUGACUGGAAGCAGUACCUCAGUCUACACAGGAGCUUUACAGAGCCAUGAAGCUGCUGAGCAAGGAGGAGCUGAGGAAAGCAGAGGAAGCACUCACACAUUACUUUCCCCAGUCACUGCAGGUAUAUGGAUAUAUUUGUAUAAUUAAUAGAAUAGAAGCUGAUCCCUCAGAUGUGCUGGUGGACCAGUGGCCAGAUUUCAGUGUGCUAUUUAUCAGACCAAAACGGCAGCAGAAAUCAGACCAUUUUAAAGCCAUAAGCAUUUUUACCAUGGAUGAAACAACUCUCAGGAACAUACUGAUCAGGACAGAUGUUCUUGACUGGAAGCAGUACCUCAGUCUAAGUGUUGACCUGUGCCAUGAGGAGAUGCUAAAGUUCGUAGCUGUGAGCAGAGGGGUGCCAGUGAACAAAGAUCAUGUGUGCCACCUGAUGCAACUGCAGAAUCCGUCUAACCUUACAAGUGAAAGGUUACCCAUACGAGUAUCGUCACUUAACGAGUCGCACAUUGCUCUGGUCAAUAGCACGUGGAAGUUUGGCAUUGGUGAAUUCAGUGAAGCGUCCAUCAGGAACAUGAUCAUGAAUUUCCCUUCGUGUUGCGUGCUGGACUCAGAGGGUCGGCCGGUGUCAUGGAUUUUGACCUAUGCUUCCUGCGCGAUGGGAAUACUGUACACAAUGCCAGAGCACAGACGGAAAGGCUACGCCAAAGCCCUGGUCACCAUAUUGGCAAAGAAACUGCAUUCAGAGGGCUUCCCAGUCUACUGCUUCAUUGAGGAGGAGAACCAACCAUCCUACAGGCUCUUUACCAGUUUAGGUUUCACUGCAGAUCCGUCUUACAGGGCUGCUUGGAUUAAAUUUAAUCGAGCAUGUUUAAUCAAGGCUCCAUGAAGACUCCCUGAAAUCUCAUGAAAU